AUGUCUUCCUCAAAAGGGGAGCAAAAAAAAUGGUUUUCCUUGGAAAGGGCAUCAGAAGGAAGCAAAAAAGAAUGGCUUUCCAAGGAAGUAGAAGCAAAUACUAGUUUGCAAAAUCAAAUUAUAGAAUUAAAAGCAGAAUUAGAAAAGAUUACUAGACCAUCAAAUCAACAUAUUAAAGAUAUAUUAGUUUAA